AACAUAUGAAUGGGAUUGUUUUGAUCUUGAAAUGGGUGUAAAUACGGGACUAAUGGUGUGGUCUCCGUGAAAUCCACCCAGAUCCGUUUGUCAAUGAAACCAAUCCAAGUAAUGGCAAUAGUAUUGAGAGUUGAGAUGCAAUCCAUCGACCAGGCGGGGCGAGUGACAUUCGCCAGCUUGACUCACUGACAGGCGGAGACCCGACAGCGAGAUUGAAAUAUGCUGGAGGUCGCUAUCCUGUCGUUGCUGUUGGGGGUAGCGCUGACCCUGGUUCUACAGUUUCUGUGGGUGAAGAGCAAGCUUGGUCAGCUGCCCUCCUUGCCCCCACCUGUCAAGGAUCAGUUCCCAAAAGUUCAGAUUCCCCAAAGUGUGAAGGAGAAAUGCGGUCGAGAGGACCUGUCCCAUCAGAAGGAGCCGUGUCUCUGGUUCAACCUCGUCACCCACUUCCUGUUCCAAGAACUUCGGGAUACGCAGGAAGUUAGGAGGUGGCUGAUGAAGAAGAUGAAUCUGGAGUUUGCGGAGCUGCUGCAGACGAUGUCAGGGAAGUUUGUGGACCAGAUCACGGUGCAAAACUUCAGUCUUGGCAACAACUUCCCGGUCGUCAACAACGUCCGAGUCCGGAAUGUCUCCAUCACCGAUGAUGGGACAGAGGAGCUGGACCUGGGCGUGGACAUCGACUACGCGGGAGGCUUCCAGCUCGCAAUAGACAUCCUGCUGCUGUUCAACAAGUCCGCCUACCUGUCGGUCGUUGUGAAGAAACUGAAGGGGCCAGCUCGACUCCAGCUGACUCGAAAACCCUACACACACUGGUCCUUCUCCUUCUGUGAGGAUCCCGAGGUGGAGUUCGAGGUGGAGUCGCAGUUUGAGGGGAAAGGACUGCCCCAAAUAACCAACUUCAUCAUAAAUCAAAUAAGACGCAGUAUUAGGAAGAAACACACACUCCCGAACUUCAAGAUGCGAUUCAAACCGUUCUUUCUGCAACCGUCCCUGUCCCGUCCCCUGAGAGAGUUCCGUGUGAGCGGGCAGAACAUCAGCGUGGGCCGACUCCGGGUGAAUGUCAUAGAAUGCUCAAGACUACUUAAAACACCGAAAGAUGCCAAACUGUACUGUACGAUAUCUGUGGAUGAACUGGAGUGGAAGGAACUUGUGAACCGGCACCAGCGGGUCUGGGUGUCCCAUGACGUCGAGGUCAUCAAGGGCGCUGCUACAUCCAUCGGCAUGACGUUCAGAGAGGAGAAUCUGCUGGCCAGGUUUGACCUGGUCGUCAUGGUGGACAGCGUCUCACCGGAGAGUCCUGCAUCCAUGGCCGACAUCAAGAGGAAUGAUGUGCUGGUUGCUGUGGGAACAACAAAGAUUACAUCCUGCAAGCAGGCUGCCAAACUACUGCGGAAUCCUGGAGAAAGGUUUACCGUACGUCUUGAAAGGCCACAACUGAAGAUGUCACAAGAGGUGAAGUUCUUCGAGGAGACCUUACCCUACAAGGAGACUGAGACAGAUGGUCUAGAAGAUGGGCAGUCGAAUGAAGACAGUGAAGAUUUUGUCCACAUCAGUUUCAAAACAACACAAGACUCCGACUCCAGCUCUGUGAAAUCUCUGAAGCUGGAUAAGGCUGGGUCUGGCGGCAGCAGCCUGUCUGUGCCCGCACAGAGUGAGCUCCGACAGCGCGCCAAGACUUCCACGUCACAACACUCUGCUGAGAGUAGUCCUGUACGGCUCGGACAGCGCAAGUCCGAUCCACGCCUGCAGACAGGGGAGACAACUCGACGUGAUGGUUCUCCACGGCGGGAGAGAGCCGAGAGUGAUCCAGGGUUUGCAAUGAAGACCGUAGCCGAUGAUGUUGACAGUGUAAACAGCGGUGAUGUUGACAGCGAUAGCGAUGACGAUCUUUACAAUGUACAGAAGAUUCCGGAGGUGCCGGCAUGCAAGAACCCCAAGUGGAACAAGGAAGUGACCUUUGACCUUGGGGAGCAGCAGCGCUACCUGAAUGUUUGUGUGCGCUGCAAGAUCCCGGAGAAGGUGGACAAGAGUGACCGGGUCAUCAAGGCCACAAGGGACCUGCUGCUCGGACAUGUGAGUCUGCCGCUGUCUGACAUCACGCUGUACUGUCUGAUGACGAUGCAGGGGGACACGCAACAGACGGUGUACCUGUUGCCGGGGGAGAUGAAAGCAGGAGCGAGCCGCCCCAAGUCGGAGAACUGGGCGAACCACCCCGGGUUUGAGCCGGACCUGUGUUACGGGGACAUCAAGCUCGGGCUCCACUUCACCCCCCUCAAGUUGUCGGACCUGGACCGUUGCCGGAUCCCCAAGGAGUCCGUUGACCCCAGGGUUGUUGAGUGCCUAAGUGCCAAGGAAGCCAUUGUAGACGAUGUUGUCAGAGAUGUGCCACAGACCACCAAGCUUCCAUCUGAAGGUCUCCACAUCAUGACCUUGACCCAGUUUCAGUCGGCCACCUACUGCAACUUCUGUGGGAAGAAGAUCUGGAUGAAGACGGCGUACCAGUGUCGGACCUGCUCGUUGAUCUGCCACAAGAAAUGUGUUGAAAAGUGUCAGAACGAGACACUUUGCACAAAGGAGGGUGCCAAGAAGCGCAGCCAGCCCACAGAGGAGUGGAAGACGCCCGUGACGGUGCGGAAGAAAGUCUCGUCUGAGGAGAGUCGAACUGGGCGCCUCCUCAGCAAGUUCCGCAACAAGGACACGUCCAACCUGGUGCCCAAGAUAGAACAACAUUCCAAAAGCCCAAGUGCAAGCCCUGUGUUAGGUCGCAAGAUGACUGAUCAAGCUACAUCACCUAACCCCUCCCCACGCCCCUCCCCCCGACCCUCCCCUCGACCCUCCCCUCGACCCUCUCCCCGGCCCAGCCCUACCCCACUUAGGAGGCUGCCGUUCUUCAGACAAGAUCCGGACUCUACAAUAGAUGCGCGGGAUGCAGCUGACAGUUCCUCGGAGUCGGAUGAGGAGAAGAAGAGUGUCCUGAAGAUGAUACAUGACCAGCAGACCAAGGUCAAGGGCAACAACCUGGACGAGACGGUCGUCACGGCUGCCAAACAGAUGGGUCGGGAACUCUUCGUGGAGCUGGAGGUGGAGGAGCGGAAGCAGAAGCUGGAUCAGAUGGUGUCCAAGCUGCAGCAGGAGAUUGAUCAUGAGACAGACAACAAGGGCGCCUUGUGUCGAGCAGCAAAGGAGACCACCGACCAAAUCCAGCGCCGAUUCCUGGAGAAUCAAGUGAGCAAAUCUGAUGAGAAGAUCGAGGCCAUGAUGAUGUUGCUGCUGCAUUACUGUGCCGGUCUACAGCACUGUCUGGACGCCGAGGAGGAGGUGAGGCAGAAGGGGGGACAGCAAGGGGAGACCACUCUGCAAGGGGAACAAGGGGAAGCAACUCCAGCAGAAGACAUAUCAGGGGAGGUAACUAGUUUAAGUGAGGACCAAGGGGCAGGGGCUGUACCCACUGACCCAUCGACCAAUGGAGACGUAGAGGAAUUGGAUGAUGACGAAGAUGAAGAUGACGAUGAUAAUGACGAUGAAGAAGAAUUCAGACACAUCGGGACGCAAGGACCAGCAGAAGAGCUUGUGUAAAGAACGGGCAGACAGUUUUGUUGUGUUACCUAGGUAAUGUCUGUUUGCAAUAGCUGUAUGGCUGCCUUGGCAAAUACUUACAUGAAAUGUUUUAACAUAGAAAUAGUUAUUGGAGUCAACGUUUCUAGAGCCGGAGCUAGCCUAGCAGAGACAAAAUCUGGUUAUAACAUGUCUGUGCCAUGGCUGCCUGUAAAACAACAGCUGGUAGGAUACGGCUGUUAACAUUCGAUAUUGACAGCAUAGUUAUUUGUUUUCAUGUUUUCACUGAAUGCAAGUUUAUUUUUUGUAUGUUGGUUGAAUGGAUGGAUUUUAUCAUAAUGGUAUUGUGUCCUUGAGACAAGGGAGAUAACUUGUGUGUAUGCAAUUGAUAGCGAUCAUGGGAUGAGGAUAUUUUCGUACCUUUGUAAAUAUGACGGACAGGUUUGAUGGCGUCUAGAUACAAGCAUCACAUGUGCCAAUAUGUAAAGUGAAUGGCAGACUACAGAAUGUUCCAAAAUGCAUUUAUCCUGUUGUGUGUAGGUGUAUCAAUACACAGUCGAUGUAUGUCAGUGUUUCAGAUGUAUCAAUACACAGUCGAUGUAUGUCAUUGUUUUAGGUGUAUCAAUACACAGGCGAUGUAUGUCAGUGUUUCAGAUGUAUCAAUACACAGGCGAUGUAUGUCAUUGUUUUAGGUGUAUCAAUACACAGGCGAUGUAUGUCAGUGUUUCAGAUGUAUCAAUACACAGGCGAUGUAUGUCAUUGUUUUAGAUGUAUCUACAAACACAAGGCUUGUGCUAUCUGUUUAAUUGAUGAGGAGAUAUUUAUUGAUAUCGCAUUGUUCUACUAGACUUGCAUAAGAACCGUUAUGAUUCCCCGAAAUACUGAAGAGUUACAGUUAUAUUAUUUAUGUCAGCAAUCUUUCUCAGGCGACAAACCAGUAUGAAUGAACACGAUGGUUUGGGAGAAGUGACAUAUUUUGUCCUCGUGAAACGAACUGCUCUAAUGUGUUGCAAGAAUUUGACUCUAGGUUGUUCUUUUGAAUACUUUGCAAAGAUUAUUGCCAUGACUAUCCCAUGGAUAGGUUCCACAUGACCCUAGGGGAAUCUCUGCAUGUAUCAUGACGAUUGUGGUGCCACGGCCGGGGCAGAUGACACUCCCAGCAAACCUAAUACAUGUCUCCCCUUGUAUCAUGACUCAGUUUUACAAUAUGUAUCAUUCUAACUGUUAAUGGUUUCCGAUAGAGAUGAUGUCUCAGUUUGGCACUACUGACGUUUUCUUGUCCCAAGCUCCUAACAGUGACAGUUGUUCACUGAGGCCUCUACGCUAUUGUAGCCACCAGUCACUGGUCCCCACUGCGUUGACCUCUGACUGAUUGUUAUGUUUACAAUCUACAAUAUCGAACCGAUCUGAUUAAACAAACAAACAUAUAUUCAUCUGAUAAAUAGUAAAUCAGUUGUAAAUCUUUUCCCAAUUGACUAGAAUGACAUUCCAAAAGACCUACGCAAAAAUAUAAAUGUCAUUACACUUAGGUUAGAGGGAAAAUUUUCAAGAUUCUUGUAAUGGCCGCUUGCACACUGGUGGCAGUAAUGACAAUAGGAGGUUCCAAAAGGUGUCGCUCGCUGGGAAGGAGCUUGGACUAGACCUACGUCGGAAACAGACAACAGGUGCUUCAUAGGUCAGUGACCUUCAAACACCUGGGUCAUCAUUACGACAAACUUGUCAUUCCGGGGGUAGGGCACUGUGACCUACUUUCAAUGACUAAUGUUUGGCAUACCGUGACAUUGAAUACCCCACAGGCAAUACAGGAUGUCAUAUUUAGUUAAUCUACUUAAAAGUCAUUUGGAAUAUUUUUACAUACUAAUCACUUUUGUUGAGGGUCCAAUUCACUCUUAAGGUCAUUUGCAGGUGUUAAGCACUUUUAUCAUCCCAAACUGGCUCCCACAGGAGAUAUCGCUUGGGUGAGAUUAAGCAAUGAAAUGAAAUUGCAUCACAAUGCUUUGCAAACUAUUGUGACGUCAUUGGUUACCAUGAGGUGA